UCGGGAAGACGAGCUGUGUUGUUGCUGUGUGUGAGUGUGAUGAAUAUGAGGGAGGGGGGAGAACAAAGGUGGGCUAACUUGAUGGACUGUCCUACCAGGUUGAGGAGGAGAGUGCAGUUGGCGAUGGAGAGAGGGAAUAUCCCGGUGAUGAUGAGGGGGGGGGAGAAGAAAGGUGGGCUAACUUGAUGGCACUGUCUUACCAAGUUGUGGAGGAGAGUGCAGUUGGCGAUGGGGAGAGGGAAUAUGUCGCUGAUGACGCAGGUGAGUGGGAGGUCAGGGAUGAGAGUGCAGUUGGCGAUGGGGGGGGGGGGAAAUGUGCCACUAACGACGCAGGUGAGUGGGAAGGGGAGUGGGGGUUAUUGGCAACGGUGGAAAUGGCGGCAGCGGCAGCAGCGACGGCAACAGUCACAAUAACAACAACAUCUACAAUAACAAUAUGGGAGGUGGAGCAGGGGUUGGCAGAGGAGAGGCAAGGAAUGGGCGGGAUUGGCGAGAAGGGUGGGAUGGUCGACAACAACAAUGACAAUAACAACAAUGACAACAACAACGGCAGCUUGCGGCGAAUGGUUGAACUGGGUGAGAUAGGAGUGAAGGAGGAUAACAUCAACAACAACAACAACAACAACAACAACAAUAACAACAACAACGACGACGACGACAAUACCAACGCGAUGGAGGAGAGGGGAGAGAAUGCUGACAACAACGACAACAACGACAACAACAACAACAACAACAACAACAAAGUUGGCAAAAACAACGAGAUGGUUGAGAUAGGAGAGGAUGCUGACAAUAACAACAGCAACAAAAACAACAAUGACGAAGACCGUUCGGUUCUCCACUUGCACUGAAUCUCGUAAACGUUGUACCGCGGCCUUCUCCUUCUCCGACAAUUUAUCCGUUGCUAAGUGGAUCGUCCAUCUCUGUUUGCAUCUUCGUACUUCUUCUAUGUUCCGUCUUUCUGCACAUGACAAUGCAUUAUGCGUCAGCGUAAGAUAUCAAUAUUGGGGCUUGCCAUAUUUGCAUGCCCGAAACGGCCUUCAAAAUUUCAAUUGCUAAAUCCUGCCAACAUGAUACUAUAACGAGUAUACAUAAACACCCCGACCUCCACCCUUCCGCGUAAUAUAUCGAUCAAUGAAGCUUAUCGCAAUCU